UCUCACCGAGAUACCGGAAGCACAUGCAGGCGCGCUGCUGAUGAUGUUGUUUUUGAUCUGGGACAUGUUGCAUGACAUUUGUAGUGAUUCGAGUGCUUUUUUUUGAGGUAUAACGAUCGUGUUGAGAACGGAGAAUGGCAGCAGCAGUUGCUACACCCGUCACCCCCACGGAGCCCGACCCUGACCGGUGUGGGAGCGAGGAGGAGAGCCGCGGGGCCGAGGCGGAGGAGGAGAGCACCCAGCAGCAGACAGGCCCCGCGGCCGCCGUCACCCACAACCGGCUCUCCAAACUCCCGCUGGCUCGCAUCAAGGCGCUCAUGAAGACCGACCCGGACGUGUCACUCGCCAGCCAGGAGUCUGUGUUCAUCAUCGCCAAAGCCACGGAGUUGUUUGUUGAGAUGAUUGCCAAAGAUUCCCUGGUGUACGCCCAGCAAGGAAAGAGAAAAACUUUGCAAAGAAAGGACUUGGACAACGCAAUAGAGGCCAUAGAUGAAUUUGCAUUUCUUGAAGGCACAUUAGAUUAAAUGCUGCUCCAAAUGACGAGAACAUUGAAUAUCUGCAACCAUCCAAGAAACUUUCCGUUACAGGGACACCAUUUGUUGUGAACCCCUUUGUGGUACUUUUCUAAGUCAAACUCUCAAAAUGGAUAUUUAUAAAUGCUUUUCUACAAUGUUCCAUUAAGAUUUGUCAUACUUUACUUUCAAAACAUCAGUGGAAAUGUGUACAUUUUUUCUGUAAAUAUUUGUGAGAUACUACUGUACAAUGGA